AUGGAGGAAGCAAGGGGCCAGCGGCCGCCCUUUGUCCGUUCCGUCCCCUCUAAAGCUCAUCACUAUGAGUGCCACCCCCCGCAUCUCACAAUUUACUCUCAACACGCGCCUCUUCACUUUUGCUUUCUCCCUCUUGACCUGCUUCGUCCCUUCCUCCUUGUGUGUUUCGCUCUGCAGAAGCUAAAUGACGAAGCCAAGGCGGCCGGCCAUCUUUCCUCCGACCCGCCUCCUCUAAAGCUCAUCAUUAUGAGUGCCACCCUCCGCAUCUCAGACUUUACUCUCAUUACGCGCCUCCCCUUUUUUCAUGCUUCUCCCGCCUCAUUUUGCCCUACUUGCUCCCUUCACCACCCACAGAAACUCCACGAGGAAGCCAAGGCGGCUGGUCGGCCUUCCUCCGCCCCGCCUCCUCUGAAGCUCAUCAUUAUGAGCGCCACUCUCCGCAUCUCAGACUUCACUCUCAACACGCGCCUCUUCCCGGCGGGCCCUCCCCCUGUCGUCUCCGUGCCUGCCCGCCAAUUCCCCGUCACCGUUCACUUUGCCCGGCGCACCGAGCUCAUGGAUUACGUCCGGGCAGCCGAGAAAAAAGUUUCGGCGAUCCAUCGAAAGCUGCCCCCCGGUGGGGUUUUGGUGUUUCUGACCGGGCAGAGAGAGGUGGAGGACCUUUGCAGGAAGCUUCGGAAGAAGUUUCCGAUGAAGGUGGGGCGGCAGAGGAGGGGGGAAGGUGGGGGUAGAGGAAGGGGGGGGCGGGGGAGCAGCAGGGAUGCGGGCAGGGGGGGCGGGGGAAGGGGAACUGGGGGCAGGGAUGGAGUGGAAGUCGGGGCUGGAGGAGGAGGUAGCAAGAAAAAGGAUGCGGAGGGGAAGACGAUCAAAGGGGGUAAGGGGGAGGGAGAGGGAAGAGAGGGAGGAGAGAGUGGCGAGGGUGAAAAGGGAGGAGAGGCGGAUGGUAUGGGUGUGGAGAAGCAGGGUGAGCCCGAUGCAAACUUGGAUGCCAUUGUGCGGCUGGAGAGUGUAGGGAGAGCAAGAAGGGAUGGUAGUGGGAGGCAGGGAGGGGAGAGGGACGGGGCGGCGGAGAGAGAAGGGGAGGAGGCAGUGGGGGGUGUGAGGGAUGGUGAGGAAGAGGAGGCGGAGUGGGAGGCGGUAGUGGAAGGGGGAGAGUAUGAGGGCGAGGAGGGGGGAGAUGACUAUGAGGAGGACGACGAGGAGGAUGAGGAGGAGGAGUGGGAGACUUGGGGCUUGCUGGGUGGGGAGAAGGGCGAGGGUGGGGAGACACAGCAGGAAGGGGCAGUUGGGGAAGCAGGUGCCAGGAAGGUAGCAGGGACAGGUGAGGUGGCAGGAGGGGGAACGGAGCCUGGCAAGGGCGAAGAGGCAGGGCCGGGCGGCAAGGGGGAGCAGGCUGGGCCGGGCGGCAAGGGGGAGCAGGCUGGGCUGGGCGGCAAGGGCGAAGAGGCAGGGCUGGGCUCCAAAGAGGAGCAGGCGGGGUCGGGCGGCAUGUACGUGCUGCCGCUGUACGCCAUGCUGCCGGCUGCCCAACAGCUGAAGGUGUUCGGAGUGGUGCCUGAGGGGUGCCGCCUGGUGGUCGUUGCUACCAACGUUGCUGAGACCUCCAUCACGAUUCCAGGCAUACGCUAUGUGGUGGACACUGGCCGAGCCAAAGUGAAGCAACACACAGGGGGAGUGGGCUUGGCGCGCUUUACAGUGGAGUGGAUCUCGCGGGCAUCGGCGGACCAGCGGGCCGGCAGGGCGGGGCGCACAGGGCCGGGGCAGUGCUACCGGCUGUUCUCCAGUGCUGUAUUUGCCAACCAGUUUGAGGCGUUCGGGCAGGCGGAGAUUGAGAGGACGCCCAUUGAGGGCGUGGUGCUGCAGAUGAAGGCCAUGGGCAUUGAUAAGGUUCUCAACUUCCCCUUCCCCACGCCCCCCGAACCCCACUCCCUCGCCUCCGCCCUGCACUGCCUGCAGCACCUCUCCGCCCUUCCCCCACCAACCUUCCCUUCCCCUUCCUCUUCCUCCUCCGCCUCCCACUACCCCACCAUCACCCCUCUUGGCCGUGCCAUGGCUUGUCUACCAAUCAGCCCUCGCCACGCACGCACUCUGCUAGCCAUUCUGCACGAAGCUGCCAGGAAGGGGGAAGCGGGAGUGGAGGAGAAGGGGGAGAGGGAGCAGGGGGAGAAGGUGGAGGAGGGGGAGGGGGAGGUGGGGAGGGUGAGUGCGUUGGUGGUGCGGUAUGCGAUAGCCGUGGUGGCUGCAAUGAGUGUGGAGAGCCCUUUCCUUCGUGAUGAUGAUUCGAGCACGGCGGAUCAAGGGGAUGGUGAGGGGAAGGGUGAGAGAGGAGACGGGGAGGAUGGCAGGCGAGGUGAAGAGAGCGAAUCAAGGGCUGCUGCCGCUCCUCCCCAUGGAGGGGCGUUGAGUCGGCGGGCAGCGCAUGCGCUCUUCUGGAGUCGCAGCAGCGACGCCAUCACCGCUGCCAACGCCCUGCGAGCUUACGACGCUGCUGUCCGCGCGGGCAAAGGGGGGCAGGAGAGCAGGAGCAGGAGGGGCAAAGGUGGCGCGGGCGCAGGAGGUUGGGGGGGAGCGGGGGAGCGGUUCUGCCAGCGGUUCUUCCUGCGGGAGCGGUGCAUGAGGGAGAUGUCUCAACUCGCCCACCAGCUGUCCCGCCUGCUCCUCACAGGCACCCGCGCCCACCUCCUGCAAUCCUUCCUCUCUCACACCCUCUCCUCCUCCUCUCCCUCCGCCCUCUCCUCCUCCUCCCCCGCCUCCUCCUCCGCCCCUUCCCAUCCCGCUGCGCCCUUGCCGCUCACUCUACUGGUGGAGAGGGGGGAGCAGCUGUGGGCAGGGAGAGAGGGGGACAGGGAGGGGAGGGUGGAGCCACAGUUGAGGGAGUGGGAAGAGGGGCUCAUCCGAAGGGGCCUUGCUGCUGGUUGGCCUGACCGCUUGGCGAGAAAAAUGGCCCCUGGAGACAAGCCCUCAGCAGCAGGUGCUGCUGGCGGCGCUCACUCCCUGCCGAAACGUGCCGUGCGGUACGAGGCACUGUUCAUGGACGACCCAGUGCUGCUGCAUCCGCGCAGCGCCACCUUUCGUUCCGCCCCGCCGCUCCUGCUCUUCAAUGAAAUUGUUCAGACCGAGUCCCACCCCUUCCUCGUCACCACUACCGCCGUCGACCCUUCCUGGCUUCCCUCCUCCUGCCCCGCGCUCUGCUCUCUCUCCAAGCCACUCCCCGACCCGCCGCCCCGCUACCACCCCCCCUCGGACCGCAUUCUCGCGACGGUGGCGGCUGUGUAUGGGCCUAAGCGGUGGCCUUUGCCGGCAUGCACUGUGGAUUUGGAAGGCAGCAGGGAGCGGGCUGCUGUGUUCGCGUGCGCGCUGCUGCAGGGGCAGGUGGUGGGAGCGAUGAAGCGGUUACACGGGCUGCUGGCUGGUAACCCUACGAGCUUGCUGCGGCCGGAGGGGUUGGGGCAGAGGAGGGCAGCUGACUUGGUGCAUAGGCUGAUGGUGGGGGUGACAGGAGGGGGAGGGAAAGGGGCAGGGGGAAGGGGUGAGAGUGGUGGUAGUGGAGGGGAAGGUGUGAGAGGGCCUGUUGACUCUAAGGGAAAGUUGAGGGCGGCGUGGGAGUGUGAUGGGGAGUUUCUGAGGGCGGAGGUGAGGACGUGGGUGCGGGCAGGGCAGGAGGGCGUGGUGGAUGGGCUGUGGCGAGAUAUCGUGAGGGAAGUGGUCGUGGGGGCGAAGAAGAAGCAGAAACGCUGA